GGCGCCGUGAAGAGCCUGCAGGCGCUGGGCGAGGUCGUCGAGGCUGAACUUCGCUCCACCAAGCGCUGGGAGCUUACUGCCGAGGGUGAGGAGAUUGCCCGGGAAGGCAGCCAUGAGGCCCGUGUAUUUCACAACAUCCCCCCAGAGGGCCUGGCCCAGAGCGAACUCAUGCGACUGCCCAGUGGCAAAGUGGGCUUCAGCAAGGCCAUGUCCAACAAGUGGAUCCGGGUGGACAAGAGUACGGCCGACGGGCCCCGCGUGUUCCGAAUGGUGGACAGUGUGGAGGACGAGGUGCAGCGGCGGCUCCAGCUGGUCCGGGGAGGACAGGCCGAGAAACUGGGUGAGAAGGAGAGGAGCGAGCUUAGGAAGAGGAAGCUGCUGACCGAAAUGACCCUGAAGACCUACUGGGUGAGCAAAGGCAGUGCCUUCAGCACCAGCAUCUCCAAGCAGGAGACAGACCUGAGCCCGGAGAUGAUCUCCAGCGGCUCCUGGCGGGACCGGCCCUUCAAGCCCUACAAUUUCUCAGCCCACGGCAUCCUCCCUGACUGCGGCCACCUGCACCCCCUGCUCAAGGUCCGCUCCCAGUUCCGACAGAUCUUCCUGGAGAUGGGGUUCACUGAGAUGCCGACUGACAACUUCAUUGAGAGCUCCUUUUGGAACUUCGAUGCCCUGUUUCAGCCCCAGCAACACCCGGCACGUGACCAGCAUGAUACCUUCUUUCUUAAAGAUCCAGCCGAGGCCCUGCAGCUUCCAAUGGACUACGUCCAGCGGGUCAAGAGGACCCACUCUCAGGGUGGCUAUGGCUCCCAGGGGUACAAGUACACCUGGAAGCUGGACGAGGCCCGGAAAAAUCUGCUGCGCACACACACCACAUCAUCUAGUGCCCGCGCCCUCUAUCACCUCGCCAAGAAGAAGCCCUUCAUGCCAGCCAAGUACUUCUCCAUUGACCGAGUAUUCCGGAACGAGACCCUGGAUGCCACGCACCUGGCUGAGUUCCACCAGAUCGAGGGCGUCGUGGCAGACCAUGGCCUCACUCUUGGCCACCUCAUGGGUGUCCUGCGGGAGUUCUUCACCAAGUUGGGUAUCACCCAACUGCGCUUCAAGCCAGCCUACAACCCAUACACGGAGCCCAGCAUGGAGGUGUUCAGCUACCACCAAGGCCUGAAGAAGUGGGUGGAGGUCGGGAACUCCGGGCUCUUCCGUCCCGAGAUGCUACUGCCCAUGGGGCUUCCUGAGAACGUGUCAGUCAUUGCCUGGGGCCUCUCCUUGGAGCGGCCGACAAUGAUCAAAUAUGGCAUCAACAAUAUCCGGGAGCUGGUGGGCCACAAGGUGAACCUGCAGAUGGUGUAUGACAGUCCUCUGUGCCGCCUGGAUGUUGAGCCAGGCCCCCCUCGGACACAGGAGGCUGCGUGACAUGGGCCAUCCCAGGAUAGCCCACCUUCCCCGAGUCCCUGCUGCCCAGCCCCUUGUGUCCCUGGCCAGUGACCCCGUGUAUUUAUGAGGCCUCUGUGAGGCCAGUCCCCACCCUCCUUGGUAUCUCCUUUUUCCCACCCAUCCCAGAACCAGGAUGCCAGGGGCAGAAGAGCGGGUAGCAGGCUCCUUCUGUCAUCUCGUUGUCCGUCCAUCUAUGAGGGUGGGCUGUGGAAAGCCUGCGGACCAGCUGUUGUCUAAUAAAGUAGGCAUUUGCCCUCA